UGCUAUUGAUUCUGCCAGCUCACCACUUUAGCAUAAGUCAAUAUUAAAAUCCCUAGUUUUAAUGAGGUUGAGAGUAAUUGACUUAAUAACAUUGCAGUAACUUUUAGUGAGUAUUAUACAAUUAUUUUUAACUUUUUGUAAAUUAUGAAAUUAUGAAUAGGUAAUAUAUUUAUGCAAGUGAAAGUGAAUAAAAUAUUUUUUAAAGAAAACUUGACUGCUAUUUCUAGCUAGUCCAGUCAAUAUGUAGAUGCUCCCUCAUUAGCUCACCUGUAAAUCUGGUGGUGGUCACAGCAGAAUUGAGAAAAGGGGAACUGUCAGAGCACAAUAGUAGUAAUUCCAUUGUGGACUACAGUGUUAGGGUCUACUGAAGACGAUUAAUGUUGCUGCUAUUUUUGUAUGUGAUCUGUAUUGAGUAAGAUGUUGCUUUUAGGAUGGUGUUGUACAACUGUUUUGGUGGAUUGUAGAUAUGUUUUUACGAAGCCGUUUGACCUGGUAGAUAUAGCAGGAAAUUACUCUUAAAUCAUUUUUCACUGUUUGAAAAUGGAGAGACAGUGGAGGGAUAGUCAGAGUUUAGAUCCUAAAGAAAUGCGAUGAUCGCGGUUGGGACUCCUUACAUCGUAGGUCAGCUGAGAAAAGUUUUGACCAGGGGUUAAACAAUAACACAGGGACAAAUAUCUUCCUGACAAUGCUAAAAGAACUACUUUGGGAGUUGACCUAUUCACAUUUUUGUCUUAAACUGUUGACAUCUCGUACCAUAACAUAUAAGCUAAAAAUUUUAUUUUAUUUUCCCGUAUGAAUAAAAUGAAGUGAAACUCUCCGAACUAAUAAUCUAUGUUUAAUCAAAUACUUAAGCAAGCCAUUCUAGGUAUAAUUUGUAAUUUAGACAGCGGAAAACGUUUCAAUAAACUUGUGCAUAUUUCUUCUGAGCACUCCUCAUUUGCUAGAAAUAGCCAAAUCUUCUUCAUACCACACCCUAUUGUCUUUAAACAAGAACACAUUGGAUAAUAUUAUCCUAGAUAUAUUGAAUCUGAAAGAUAAAAUAUAUGAGAAGGACACAAACUACAAUGCCUUUUGCUCAUAACGACUUCUUGAUCAGAGCGCUGAAACAACAACUAAUUACCAUUUUGUCUGACCCAGUGAAUGCGGAAACAGAAUAUAAACAAGUCAGAUGUUUUAAAACAAAUGACAUAGUUCAGUGCGAACUAUAGAGACCUGCUUUGUUUUAAAACCACAGUAAUUUACUGUAACUGAUAUUUCGGAGAGAUAAAACAAAUCAAAUCACGAAACAUAGUGUUAAUUUAAAAAACUUUUCACCAAGAACACUGUCGUACAGGUAUCUCCUUUCGCGGACUUUAUUCUUAUUUUCUUUCCUCCACUGAAGAGCUCCAAAAUGGUCGAUUGCUCUAAAACGUGUAGUUCAGCGGGCUUUGUGCUUACCAAAAUCCCUCUCAUUACUAAGAAAGUCUUGUCUUUCCUUCCAGCGAAAACUCUUAACUCAUGUGCAAGAGUUUGCAAAAGUUGGAAUUUUGUUGCUGAGCAGAUAAAGAGAAAACGUCAGAAGCUUAGCUGGAAUUUUUAUGUCUGUGAAGAAGAUGAGAACAAUGAUAUGCUUGCAACAGAGAUCAGAAACUUAUUUCAAGAGAUAUGGCAUGAACCGGUUAACUUCAUUGGCUUCUGUUCAUCAACUUUAUUUGACGAGCCACUCAAAAUCCCAAGCAAUCACAUGACCCGCUUCCAUAGAACUGCUAAACGUAUGCGUUUGGAUAUUGGUAACUUUCUAAAGCAAUUAUUACCCAGUUUUUGUAAUUUUCUUGCUAUAUCUGCUGAUGGUGUUGUAGGAACAAAUUCUGAAGCCAACAAAUCAUUUGAGAUUGAAAAUAAAAAAUCCUUGUCUUUCCUACUUAUUCCUAAACUGGAAAAUUUACAAAUUCACAGUUUUACUAUUGACAUCCACACAUAUACCACACAGGUCGAUGAUAUUUUAGGACCAGGAACUAAUCACAUUCCUGAAGAUGUAAAAGCUAUUCUGUAUUUUUGCAAUGAACCCCUCUGUCCACCAGAUAUAGGCUACACAUUAAUGCAAUACUUCCCUGAAUCUGUUCUUGUUGGAGGAUUUGUUGAUAAUCUGAUUUGUCCUCAGAAAUGUUUAAAUGAUUCUGGAGGUCAGUCUGAUCCCUCUCUGCUCUGCAUUGCAUUCAGUGGUGCACGUCUGCGAGUUGCAUCUGUUCUCAUAGAGGAACACAUCAACAGUAAAGAAGAAGUUGAAGCCAACAUACGUAAGUUGAAAAACUGCAAACUUCCUGAGGAACAGAGCUUUGCUUUCAUGUUCACUUGUAUUGGCCGUGGAUUCCAUCACUAUGGUGUUUCUAACGUUGAGUCAGCUGUUUUCCGACAGUUUUUCCCUAAAACUCCUCUGGUUGGAUUUUUUGGAACAGGAGAAGUAGGUUUCACUCAUCUUCCCAGUGAAGGAAACGUUUGUGAAAAUGGUAAAGUGGACAACAAUCGGACUUUACCCAAACUCUACCAUACAUAUACAACCAUAAUAUGUUUACUUUCUGUAGUUUGACAAAGGACCUUUUUAUGAGAGAUGACAAUAUAAAAGUAUAUUGAUGGAGGACACAUGAGGUUGUUUGUGUUUAUAUUUAUUAUAUAAAUGCAAGUGGAUGUUUGUAAACACAUGUUUAAUCAGCAAUUGUUUUGAUAGCUUCUACAUUUAAUCCCUUAUGAACAGGAUUUUUCUAAAAUAUGACAUCUAACAACAGUGGGCUAUCAACAACUUGACUAUCUAUUGGUCCUUCCAAUCAUAAAUUUGUAAGUACCAACUUCUGAUUCUCCAUAUAUGAAUCUAUAUCUUGCUAAUGGUAGUAAAUUGCUACUUGUCAGAGACUAACUGCUGGGACUUAGUUACUAUUAUAUGUUUACAGUGUGCUUAUUUAAACAUGUAAUGUCCUUCAUUAAUUACAGAAUGCUCAAUUGGUUUGUAUUUCUGAUUCAUGAAUUAGAAAUAUUGCAGUAUUGAUGUAUAUAUUAUAUAUAUUGCAAUGUUGUGUGUAUAGUCAGAUUAGUCAUGUACAAUUUCUUUCUAUACACUCA